AUGUCGAAGAAUUUCAGGGAGGGUGAUAACGUUGGUCGUGACUAUGCCCUCCUUGCAUUUGAAGACAGCACUGCACAGCUACAUUCCCCAACGAAUGGCUUCGGCAACAUGAAUGCCACUAUACAAAAGCGAACAACUCUGAAAGAAGUCAAGGUUGCUUUCCAGCUUGGCACCGGCAGAAUACUCAACUCUUCGUAUCGAGAAGGCGCGGCCGAAGCUAAGUGGCUGUCUUAUGCUAAUGAUGGUUACGCAGACACUUAUAGAUUGGUGGAAAAGACCGAGACCUCCGUUCUUUACUACCGGACUAUAUUGGAGUUAGACGGCUGGGGUACCAACUCAAUUGUUAAGAAGGGGCUAAAUACCUGA